AUGAUGUUGUUCGAGACAAAUCUUAAGACGCUCCUUCUGUCUGGGAGUUCCUUCGCAGUACUAGGAUGUGUAGUGCUUCUUGUUCUAUGGCAAUCGCGGUACUGGUACAAACAGUCGCAUCUACGAAACAUUCCUGGCCCUCCUGCACAAUCGUUUGCCCUUGGUAAUCUCCCCCAAGUCUUCGGCUUACUCGAAGGCUGGGACUUUCAUGUCGAGCUUGCCGAGACUUACGGGAGAGUUGCCAAAUCUUGGGGCUUCUUUGGAGGUAUGCAGCUGCAUAUCAGCGAUCCAAAGGCGCUGUACAGCAUCCUGAUCAAGGACCAGGAAAUAUUUGAGGAGCCAGACGUGGCUAUCGAGUCCAAUAAACUGUUCUUUGGAAUGGGAAUCUUGAGUACCCUUGGCGGUCAUCAUCGCCGUCAGCGGAAGUUGCUGAGUCCAGUCUUCCACAUCAACCACAUGCGCUACAUGAUGCCGACCUUCUACAAGAUCACCCACAAGCUUAACGACCUCCUGUCGUCCAGACUGGCUAACGGUCCGCAGGAGUUGGACAUCCUGGAAUGGAUGACUCGCGUCGCGCUGGAACUCAUCGGCCAAGGCGGUCUCGGAUAUUCAUUCGAAACGCUUGAAGAAGGCAAGACCAACCGUUAUACGACGGCGGUGAAGAUGCUCUUCCCGACAGCCGGAAAGAUCAAGAUGCUUCUUCUCAUCCUUCCGUACCUCUCCAAUAUCGGCACAGCAGCGUUCCGUCGCUGGAUCAUACGUCUUAUCCCUUCGAAGAACAUCCAAGCUUUGGUCGAGGCAGCAGAUACGAUGGACGAGUCUUCGAAGAAGAUAUUCGAUGAGAAGAAGGCCGCUCUGAAGAGAGGGGACGAUGCGGUAGUUCAUCAGAUCGGAGAAGGAAGGGAUAUUUUGAGCAUUUUGAUGCAGGCAAACAUGGUCGCCAGCGAAGCGGACAAACUUCCAGACCACGAACUAUUGGGCCAAAUAACGAGUCUAGUAUUUGCCGCCAUGGACACCACCUCGAAUGCUUUAUCUCGCACAUUCUCGCUUUUGGCAAAGAACCCGGAGGUGCAGGAGAAAUUACGCCAGGAACUCGUCAAUGCUCGGAAAGAGGCCGGAGGCGACUUGGAAUAUGACGCCUUGCACGAACUUCCGUACCUGGAGGCUGUAUGCAGAGAGACUCUUCGAUGCUUCCCACCGGUUCCUAUUAUCCCUAGAGUUGCGCGCAGUGAUGCGAUCCUACCACUGGGAUCGCCUGUCAAAUGCAACGACGGUCGUACAAUCACCGAGAUCUUCGUCCCAAAGGGAACUUCCAUCCUCAUCAACAUACCUGCUGUCAACACUGACCCCGGCACCUGGGGCCCCGAUGCUGCCGAGUGGAAACCUGAACGAUGGCUGUCACCUCUUCCUGAGACUGUCGCUGACGCUCGCAUCCCAGGGGUAUACUCGAACAUGUUGACGUUCUUGGGCGGUGGGAGGUCUUGCAUUGGCUUCAAGUUCUCGCAGAUGGAGAUGAAAAUGGUCCUUCUUCUCCUCGUCCCUAACUUCCGUUUCUCCUUGGGAGAGAAGCGUGUCGAAUGGCUGAUGGGCCCCGUGUCUUCUCCCGUUGUCUCUGGAACGUCAAAACCUUCUCUGCCGAUGAUCGUCUCCCAGAUAAAACGCGAUGCCAAUGGGGAGGUGCGCAAGGAUUAG